GUUUCAUUUCCCCGAAGCUUCUUUCUUAUUCCCACCUUCACAAUCCAUUUCUCUGGGUGUUGCAGACAGCGCUACUUCAGGAAAUAUGGAAUCUAGGAGAUCUGCCAAAGCCGAGAGAACAUUUGCUGCUUCUUCCUCCAGUGACACUGGUUCUGUUGUGACAUCUGCUGUUAGUGAAGGCCUCAUGGAACCAAAGAGUCUACAAAUUAACAUUGACAGUAAUAACUUAAAAAUCUUGAAAAGCUGUGAAUAUUUGUUUAAUGAUGUUAUCAAUAAGAAGUUUCAAUGUACCUCUAACCUGGAAGGUGCUGUGGAUUCUGCCAAGGUCUUCAAAAUAAUGUUGUCUCCUCAGAUAGAACUGUCUGUCUGGAAAGAUGAUCUCACCCAACAUACGGUGGAUGCUGUGGUUAAUGCUGCCAAUGAAUACCUUUGCCAUGGAGGAGGCCUGGCCUUGGCCCUGUUGAGGGCAGGAGGGCCUCUUAUUGAAGAAGAAAGUCAAAAACGAAUCAAGUAUUUUGGAAAAAUUCCAACUGGUCAAAUAGCUGUAACGGGAGGAGGCCAACUUCCCUGUUCCCAGAUUAUCCAUGCCGUUGGACCACAGUGGAGGAAGAUAGAUGAACAAAGAUGUUGUGCUCAACUUAGAGAAGCCAUUAUAAAUAUUCUGAAGUAUGUACUCAAUUCUGGCAUAAAAACAGUGGCAAUCCCUGCCUUAAGCUCUGGGAUUUUUGGCUUCCCUCUGGAACAGUGUGUAGACAUCAUUGUGAGAACCAUUGUGGCCUUUCCUUAUUUUCAAAGCAACACCUUAAAAGAAAUCCAUCUGGUGAGCAAUGAAGAAUGCACUGUGGCUGCAUUUAAAAGAAGCUGUGAACGUUUUCUGUAUGAGAACAUGGCAGCCCCACCUUUAGCUUCCGUUACCUUCAACAAUGUGAACCUCCAGCUUAUAGAGGGACUCAUUGAGAAGCAGCAGGUGGAUGUAAUUGUGAAUUCUGUAUCAGCUGAAUAUUCUUUUGCAAGUGGAUGUAUAUCAAAAGCAAUCCUUGAGGAAGCAGGCCCUGAACUUGAAGAAGAAUUUUGUAAAAAAUUGUCUGAAACAUCUAAAAGUCAAGAGUUGGUAGUAGUCACAAAAGGAUUCAACUUAGCCUGUCAAUAUGUGUUCCACAUUGUAUGGCCUUCCUGCAAUAAUGCAAAGAAGACACUGAAAGUUGCAAUGAGGAAAUGCUUGGAAAAAUCCCAUCAGCAAAAUGUAAAUUCACUUUCCUUUCCUGCUCUUGGAACUGGGCACAUCGGCAUCCAAAAAGAAGAAGCGGUUCAUAUUAUGUUGGAGGAAGUUUUACAAUUUUCCAAACACCACCCAAGAGAAAAACUCCUUGUGAAUUUUGUGAUCUUUCCAAAUGACAGCAAACUAUCUGAGGCUUUCCAAAGUGAGUGGGCCAAGAUGACUACCAAGAAGAUGGGACACAUGGCACCAAAAAUGAAUAAAGAAAAUGGCAAAGAGUUUAAAGUUCCACCGUGGUCCAGAGAAGGGCAGAAAGAAGCUGAGCCUAAAGAAGCCCAACCACCUUCGAUCCACCUCAAAGGGAACAAUGAGGAACAGCUGGAUGCUGGUAAAAAGUGGAUCUUCCAGUUGUUGCAGCCCCAGGAGUGCCGUUUUAUUGAAAACAAUCAUAUCUUCUACCUUGGCAAAGAGGAGCAUGACCAGUUGUCUCAUCUAAAGAACAAGUUUGGGGUUUCCAUCUCAGAGGAUAUUAGCUCUGGGAAGGCAACACUGGAAAUUAUAGGAAGACUGAACAGCAUCAUUCCUGCCAUGCUGUUUAUUGAAAAUCUGCUGUGUGCUGUGCAGAAAAACUAUGCAGAGAAACACUACAGUAGGCUAGCAGGAUGCCUGUCCUCUAACCAGCUACAAGACAGAAAUUUGUUUGAGCCAGCCUUUUUGAAGGAAAAAAUACCCCAGGAAAAGAAGAUAGAGUUUGAAAAAGCGGGUUUGGAAGCACAGAAGGUUCAGAUGAUCAACAGUCCUGUCCUUUGGGCUGCCUUUGAAGAAAGGAAGAAGAUGAUUCAGAGUAAAAACACACAUGGAAACAUAGGCCAUGUGUUAUACCAAGAAGUUCCACAUCAAUUCUGCCACCUUGUGAGCACAAUUGGCUUCCAAAGGAUAUACUCCAUGCCUCCGGACCCCCAAUAUGGUUAUGGCAUCUACUUCAGCAAGAACCUCAAAAGCUUGGCAGACAAUCUCAGGAAGACCUCUGACUCUGACUGCAUGAUCUAUGUAUUUGAGGCUGAAGUGGCCGUAGGUUCCUACUGUGAGGGCAAUCCAUCCUACAUUUCUCCUCCUCCACUAGGUUCAAGAAGCAUGGAUACCUAUGAUAGUGUUGUUGACAAUGUCAAGAACCCAGAGACAUUUGUCAUUUUUGACAGCACACAGGCUCUGCCACGGUUCUUGUGGACCUGUGUGUUGAAAAAGAGUGAUUUCUCCCAAAAGAAGGCCAAGAAUAAGGGCUCAAUGGGCUCCUGUUUUUAAUAGUCAUGUCACCCUUUCUCCAAAUGAUGGUUUCGUUACUUUAAAAAAAAGUCUCCUAAGCACCUCACCUGACAAAUAGAUAAGACAGUGCAUGGAAACAGACUAGCCAUGUACUAGUAUGCCAGUACCUUUCACUAGACUUCAACCUCUUUUAAAAAAAAGUUAAAAGAGGGGUAGGGUGGGGUAAGGUAAUCACCAUAAAACCUUCCCGGGAGAAAAGGAAAGGCUCUCAGAAAGAGAAACUUUUGAAAGAAAAUGUCUGCUUUUUCUACUUCCCUUUAUGGUAUAAAAACUG